AUGGUCGCCAGAGUCCCAGAUUGUGAGCAGCAUCGUAAGCCUCAGGCCGCAGGCAUCACUAUUCUUCUGGCGAGCAUUCGCUGUGCUGCGCCGGCGCCCGCGCAGGUAGCACAGCUCGCACCAUGGCACCCGAAGUCCCCUGCUCUGGUAGGCUCGGACUUGGCCCAGUCGGGCGGGCAGCAGGGCAGCCCAUUGGCCGACGGCCGACGGCGCUGGCUGAUGGAGCAUGAUACCGUUACUAUUCUCAGCACCGCGAACACCCCAGCAGUCACUCGUCAUCACGUCAAGGAGCAUCAGGGCAUCGCCGUUGGUCGCCACCACACAUACAAAGACAUGUCGGCUUCCAGCCAGUCCCAGUCGUCGAGUAGUCCGGCGAAUACCCAACCCGCCGGUUGCGUAGUUGACCCUCUCGACCUGCUCGACUUCUCCGAGUACGACGGCCUCUCAUACCAGUCGUCCUCAGUAUCACCCGCUUCCAGCUCCAAACCCCAGUUCAACCGCCAGUCCGCAGCACCAACGCCGACGACGAUGCCGUCUGGCCCAGUCAUGCAAGGCCCUAGCCACCGCUACGACCAGUACAAGCAGCAGACUCCGUUCGUCCCCGGAGCCUUGGCAACGACGAUGGCCAUCAACCAGAGCAACCCUCAGAUCACAGGCUACACCCUCGACUACAUGCAGUCCAUGGGCCAGAACGAGGACGUCUUCGACUUCAACGCCGGCCCCUCCCAGCCGUCGCCAAACAUGGACCUCGACUUUGACUCGCAACCCGAGCCCUUCUUCUUCCCGGAGCAGACCAUCAACCCCAAUGCUAUCGGUGGUCGCGACACCCUGCCGUCGCCGCCCGCCGUGCAGAGCAACAUCGGGAGGAUGUACCCCGGCAUGCACCAGCAACAGGCUCUCGCCAAGGCACAGGCCCAGCAGAGACAACAACAGCAGAUCAUCCAGCAACAGCAGCAGCAGAGACAGCAGAUGAAGCAGAAGGGCGUCCAGCCUUCCGACCCUAUGGUUGAGCAGAAGAUUACCCAGUUGCUGAACUCGAUGAGGGCCAAGUCCGGUCAUGACGACUCUCUGGACUCGCCUCUGCUCAACAUGCCUAGGCCAAAGAAGGAUGAGGAGGACAUGGACGAGGACGAGAGAUUACUGAACAGCGAGGAAGGAAAGAAGCUCAGCAGCAAGGAGCGCCGUCAGUUGCGCAACAAGGUCUCCGCUCGCGCCUUCCGCUCGAGGAGAAAGGAAUACAUCGGUCAGCUCGAGAGCGAGAUUGCUUCCAAGGUCACUGAGAACGGCGAAUUGCGCACACAGAACAGGGCUCUCCUGGAGGAGAACAAGCGUCUCUCCGACCUCACCCGCAUGCUCCUGUCUUCGCCAUCGUUCUCCAAUUUUCUUGACCACCUCAGUUCCAACCCCAAUGCCGCACCUCAGCAGCAACAGGCCGCCCCUCAGAUGGAGCAGAGACAGCAGGAACAGCGCCAGGCCCCCAAGGAUGUCAACCCGUACGCUGCCGCCCGCCAGUCACAACAGCAGCAGAUCGGGAUGGUCAUGAUUCCCGAGCAGACUAUGGACUUCUCCAUGCUCAACAUUGCUGAGUCCAACGACAUGUACAGUUACCAGCCUCAGGUCUUCUCUGUUCUCGAGACCCCCGAGAUGCCCGAGAUUGAUACUGCUCUGCUGUCGGGCAAGGACCAUGGUCUCAUGAGCGAAAUCACCGAGUCCAUCGAGAAGGUCGAGAUCACUCUCCCGGAGGCACCGGUCCUCCUCGAGGACGCCAAAGCUCAGGCCCCUGCGGCACCCAUUGCCGCCGUGGAUCUGGUGAAGACUGUAGCCAACCUCGAUGGCGAUAUCUUCGAUGAUGAGACCUCUACUACAAGCGUCGUUCAGAGCGUCGUUGAUAACAUGUCCACGAUCACCAUCCCAUCCGAGAAAGCAUCACGUUACGAACUCAUCAGUGCUUCGGAAGAGGAUGCUACCGCUUCGAGAGCCCUGGCACGCGUGCAACGCCUAACAUCCAGCAUAGAAGCUACCAUGGCUAGGCUGGAGCGCCUCACCAUGGAUUUAUAG